UUAAGGAAACCCCUCAUCGAGCGGAAGCGAAGGGAAAGGAUUAAUAACUGCUUGGACCAGCUGAAGGAGACUGUUGUGGGUGCAUUUCACCUGGAUCAGUCUAAACUGGAAAAAGCGGACAUCCUCGAAAUGACGGUGAAGCACCUCCAGAACAUCCAGAGCAGCAAGCUGAUGGCCGACUCCAAAGUGGGUCUGGAAGCCCAGCAGAGGUACAGCACCGGGUACAUUCAGUGCAUGCACGAGGUGCACAACCUCCUCCUCACCUGCGAGUGGAUGGACAAGACCCUCGGGGCGCGGCUGUUGAACCACCUCCUGAAAUCCUUACCCAGGUCUGGCGAAGACACCUGCAAAGCGGCAUUAAGGUCUUCGAGCCCAUCUCAGCAGCCUCUCUUGACGCCAAAAAGCCCCCUGAGCCCUAAGGGGAGCGCUCGGGGCACACACCCAUCGCAGGAGCGCUUCUACCCCGCGGAGAACAAGCAGGCUUCGAAGAACUCCUUCCAGCUGCCAUCGCUGUCGGUUUUCAGCCAGGCUGACGCUGCACCUCCCAGACAGGUCCUGCAGCCAAAUUUUUCCCAUAACAACCCUAGAAUGGGAUCCUUAGAUAUGUGGAGACCGUGGUAAAGUGUGUUUUAAAAUGUUUAUCCUAACCUUAGACACUCUUACGUAUGUAUCUUAUAGAUAUGUUUCUUUAAAACACUUGUGGAGCAAGUCUGUUCCUGUAGGUGUACUAAAGACCAGGGUACUUCAAGCCGAAGUAAACCUAUGUGUAGCCUGCAUUGUAGAAGGCUGCUAUUAUUUUUUAUUUAUUUAAUACAUCUAAAUUAUUGUAUAGAAUCCUCUCAUGCUCUUUAGUGUAUAUUAAUUAUAUAGAUUUCUUGUCUCACUUUCUUAAAAUAAUUAACUUCCUAUUAAUAAAAACACAAGACGACAAGCAACGGCCCUCUCUGGC